AUGUCAAAAUCCUGCCCGAGCAUCUCGGACAUCCGCUCCUGGCUUCCUACGGAAUCCUUUGAGAAAUCGACCGCACACUCGCUCGCCUAUUUCGGGCGCGACGCCCUUGGCUUCUCCGUUGGCGUCGCCAUCAUUGUGGCGGUAUGCGAGUCGGACUGGUUCCACGUGCUCCCGUCCUCAGUUCAGGCCGCUGCGCUCCUGCCACUGCAGAUAGUGACGGGCUUCUUCAUGUGGUGCCUGUUUGUGGUUGGGCAUGACUGCGGGCACACCACCUUCUCGCAACAUGAGUUAAUCAACGAGGUAUUCGGCGAGAUUUGCCACUCGGAUGGCACCGCCUCCUUGGUCUGCAUCGCCCUCGCGGCGGCUGCUGUCGCCGUCAUCGCUACUGCCAACGACGACGCCUCACCCCCCAGUGGCGCCGCUGCCAUCGCUCCCACAGCCCUGGCUAUCGUCCUCGCGAGGUGCUCCGUCCCCUUCGCGGGCACCCGCUUUGCCGGCCCCACUGCUGUUGCCGUCUUGUGCGUGCUGCUGCAGCGAAAAUACUUGUGGCAGACGUGGCAUUACAUCCUCCGGCCAAUCGCACCACUCUACACGUGGCCUUUCUACCUCUUUGCGGGCAUCCCCGAUGGGGGGCACUUGCUCCUCUUUGGCCGCGCCUGGGGAGAUGCCUCGGCGACAGCGCUCGCACGCGGCUACCUCAGCGCUGCCUUGACUGUGGCGAGCAUGUACUCCUGGCACCUCGCUCUCGGUGGCUGUCUCGUGCGCGCAUACUGCAUGCCGUGGCUCUGGUACGGCUGGUGGCUCUUCACGGUGACCUACCUUCAGCACCACCACGCCGACGUUGCGCUUUACGACGCCUCCUCGUGGGGCUACGUGCGCGGAGCCUUUCAAACCAUGGACCGGACCUUUGGUUGUGGCAUUGACGCCCUGCAUCACAACAUUACCGACGGGCACGUGGUUCACCAUCUCUUCUUCACUCAGAUCCCGCACUUCCGCCUCUCCGCCGCAACCACCGCGUUGCGCGACGCACUUGAGCGGCGAGGGUAUAACGGCCUCUACAAGCACACGCACACGCCGCGCUUCGCCAUAGGCAUCUUCGCAGCUCUCACGAGCAAAUGGUUCUUUGUGGAGGACCGCCAUUUCGUGAGCAGAGGUGCGAUGGAGAGGAGUGAGUAG